GAAAUAUAUAUUUUAUAAAUUUUGUAAUGAUACCAUAUUCGUUUUUAAAUAUUUUUAUUGAUUUGAAAUGUUCGGAAGUUUAUAUACACAAUGGUAUUUCCGUCAUUGAGUAGUUAUAUCUGUAGUCACUGGUUGUAAAAUUGUAUUUCUUAUGAAAGACGUUGCUGUCAUGUAAUUUAGUUCUGUUCAAAUAUGCAAUAAAAAAUUGUAAAUAGCUAAAUUCAAUUUUGUUUAACCAGUAUUAUUUUGAUCUAUUUUGCUACAAGUGUUAAACAAAACUUUUCAAUGUUUUCUUUUCAACCUCCUAGUCAGAUGUUAUAUCAUCUGACACAGUUAACUUCAAUAUUUAAUUCAAAAUCUACACCAUAUUCGGUUAAAAUUAGAAGACAAAAUGACUUCAAAAAAACCCAGGAUGAUUUGGCUAAUAGCUUGUCAGAAGCUACAAAAAAUUAUGUGGAUAUGUUAAUGAAGAAAUUAAACAUAUAUGAUAUAAUUACAAUGUUUGAUAUGAAAACGAAUAAUGUUUUUGUAAUAUUUGACCGAUCUUCUAUGAAAAAUUUCAAAAGACAUUUAGAAAAAGAAAAUAAGUGGAAAAUAUCUUAUAUAUCAGGAUUUAAUUUCAAUGAAAAUAAAGAAAAAGUUCUUUGUACACAAUUUACAGAACAAAUUUUGCCUACUAUGUAUUUAUCAUCAAAGAAACAUCACCAAACGUUAUGUACUUUAUGUGUUAAAAAUCCUUUUAAUUAUCAUGUACAAAUUCGUGGUUUUAAAACAAGACGUAGUAUAAAUAUGGACCUUAAAAAAAAGACACCACUUGUAGAAUGGCUUAGGAAAUGGUUGGGUGAUGUAUCAGACGCACAUAUAGGAUUGGCAUAUAUGCUAAAAGAAAAAGAUUCCGUUCUAUCUAAGCCUUUGCGCAAUAGUGCUGAAAAACCAGAAAGUAAAAAAAUCAUAGAUGCUUUUUUAGAAGGAUAUGAAGCAGGAAUUCAUAGACAAAUACGAACAAACACUGGAUGGAACAAAGUAAUAUCUAUAUUGGUCGGAGGAACUGUAUUAGUAAUACUUUGGUAUGGAGUUUAUAUUGUAGGAAGGGGGUUACGGUUUUCAAUGGAUGGUGGUAGAUUUAGACCAGAAACAACAGACGUAACUUUUAAUGAUGUUAAAGGAGUUGCAGAAGCUAAACAAGAAUUAAGAGAUAUAGUUGAAUUUUUGAAAAAUCCAGAAAAAUUUUCUGUGCUUGGUGCAAAAUUACCCAAAGGUGUAUUAUUAGUAGGACCACCAGGAACAGGGAAAACACUAUUAGCUCGAGCAGUAGCCGGUGAAGCUGGUGUGCCAUUUUUCCAAGCAGCAGGACCGGAAUUUGAUGAGAUUUUAGUAGGACAAGGUGCUCGUAGAAUGAGAGAUUUAUUUAAAGCAGCAAAAGAAAUAGCACCUGCUGUUAUAUUUAUAGAUGAAAUUGAUUCGGUUGGUGCAAAACGGACAAAUUCUGCGCUUCAUCCAUAUGCAAAUCAAACAGUAAAUCAAUUGCUUACUGAAAUGGACGGAUUCCUUCAGAAUGAGGGAGUAAUAGUAUUAGGUGCAACAAAUAGACGUGAUGAUUUAGAUAAAGCAUUAUUGCGACCGGGUCGUUUUGAUGUUGAAGUUAUUGUUGAUAUACCGGAUUUCUUGAGUCGAAAAGAAAUUUUUAAUUUAUAUCUGUCGAGAAUAUCAACACGAGAAGUGGACCCAGAUUAUUUAGCGAAAUGUACUGUAGGAUUUACUGGAGCUGAUAUAGAGAAUAUGGUAAAUCAAGCUGCUUUAAAGGCUGCUAUAAAUGAUGCAAAAUAUGUAACAAUGAAACACUUAGAAUAUGCCAGAGACAAAUUAAUCAUGGGUCCAGAAAGGAAGUUAAGAAUUAGUGAUACUGAAGUUAAUCGCCUUACAGCAUAUCAUGAAGCAGGGCAUGCAUUGGUUGCAUAUUACACUAAAGGUGCACCAGCAAUCCAUAAAAUUACCAUUAUGCCACAUGGACGUACUUUAGGACAUACAGCAUUUCUACCUGCCAAAGAUGAACAUCAUGUAACAAAAUCUCAAUUAUUAGCUCGAAUGGAUAGUGCAAUGGGUGGUCGUGCUGCAGAAGAAUUAAUUUUUGGAACAGAUAAUGUAACAUCAGGAGCAUUGAGUGAUUUUAAGGCGGCAACUGAAAUUGCUAAAGAGAUGGUAAACUUAUACGGCAUGUCUGAAAAAGUUGGUUUCAGUGUACGAAUGGGUCAAAACGAUGGAUACCAACCCGGUCCUGCUACAAAUGAUCUCGUUGAUAAUGAAGUAAAGCGAUUACUUCAGGAAUCGUAUGAUCGUGCAAAAACAAUAUUACAAAAACAUGCAAAAGAACUUAAAAGAUUAGCAGAUGCUUUACUUAAAUAUGAAACAUUAAAUUAUAAAGAUGUAAAAGCUGUAAUUAAUGAAGAAAAAAUUCCAAUUGAAAAUUUAAACAAUCAACCACGAAUUAUAGAUCCAACUGAACAUGUAUUAUAACUAGUAUACAGAAAUUCAGUUUAAAUGAAAAUUGAAAUAAAUUAUUUGGUGCAAUA